GUUUGAGUGAAACUGAAACAGAACUUAGUGACGAGACUCUAAAAGGUUCCAGGGGAAAAACACAGUUUCUUUGAAGGAGUAAAAAUGUUCUCCAGAAUGAGCGACUCUGUGAAACAGGACAUAAAGAAAGAUGAGAGUCUGAUUCAGGGUAAGAGAUCAGACUCACCUGAACCCAGCUGUGUGUCCAUGAAGAGUGAACAGUCAAUGGGUCUUCCACUACACUUUAAAGACACAGACUGUACUACUGAUCUGAGACUGCAGAAGAAGAAAUCAAAUAUCACUGAGAAGAGUCAUUUAGAGGCCAUAUUCAAGGAUCUGGAGCACAAAGUCAUCAGUCUGCUACAGAAUGAACUGAAGAGAUAUAAGAAGCUCCUGAGUCCAGAUUACCCAGCAUGCUCUGAGAGGGAGGUGGAGGAUGAGGAGGAUCAGAGCAGUGUCAGAGAGGGAGUGCUGAAGAUCACACUGCACUUCCUGAAGAACAUGAAGCACACAGAUCUCGCUAACACACUGCAGAACAAACUCGUCUCUGUGCACCAGCAAAAUAAACUCAAAUCCAAACUGAGAGAGAAAUGUAAAAGAAUUACUGAAGGAAUCUCACAGCAUGGAAGCUCAGCACUUCUGAAUGAGAUCUACACAGACCUCUACAUCACAGAGGGUUGGAGUGGAGACGUCAAUAAUGAACAUGAGGUGAGACAGAUUGAGACAGUGUCCAGGAGACCAGCAACACAGGAGACACGCAUCAAAUGUAAUGAUCUCUUUAAAGACAAGUCCAUCAGAAGUGUGCUGACUAAAGGAGUUGCUGGAAUUGGAAAAACAGUCUCUGUGCAGAAGUUCAUUCUGGACUGGGCUGAAGGAAAAGCAAAUCAGGACGUCACCUUCUUGUUUCCACUUCCCUUUAGAGAGCUGAAUCUGAUGAAGCAGAAACAUCUCAGUCUGAUGGAUCUUCUCCAUCACUUUUUCCCAGAAAUAAAAGAAUUACGAUUAAUAGACUGUGAGAGGAAUAAAGUGGUGUUGAUCUUUGAUGGUCUGGAUGAGUGUCGACUUCCUCUAAAUUUCCAGAAGAAUGAGAGAUUGUGGGAUUUGACAGAAUCAGCCUCAGUGGAUGUGCUGCUGACGAACCUUAUCAAGGGGAAUCUGCUUCCCUCUGCUCUCCUCUGGAUCACCUCUCGACCAGGAGCAGCCAAUCAGAUCCCUCCUGAGUGUGCAGACCAGGUAACAGAGGUACGAGGGUUCAGUGAUCCUCAGAAAGAGGAGUACUUCAGGAAGAGGAUCAGUGAUCAGAGCCUGGCCAAUAAAAUCAUCACACACAUGAAGUCUUCCAGAAGCCUCUACAUCAUGUGUCACAUCCCAGUCUUCUGCUGGAUCUCAGCCACUGUUCUAGAGAGAAUGUUGGGUGAAGCAGAGAGUGGAGAGAUCCCCAAGACUCUGACUCAAAUGUUCACACACUUCCUGAUCUUUCAGAUCAAACACACACACCAAAAGUACUAUCAGAAAUGUGACCCUGAUCCUCAGCAGACCAGAGAGAGUAUCCUGGCACUGGGAAAACUGGCUUUCCAACAGCUGGAGAAAAGAAACCUGAUCUUCUAUGAGGAAGAUCUGAGAGAGUGUGGGAUUGAUGUUAGAGACGCUUCAGUGUACUCAGGAGUGUGUACUCAGAUCUUCAGAGAGGAGUUUGGGCUUCACCUGGGGAAAGUGUUCAGCUUUGUACAUCUGAGUGUUCAGGAGUUUCUGGCUGCAUUAUAUGAGUUCUUCAACAAAAAUCUUAAAAAACAAAAAACAUGGUUUGGUCUUUUCACCAAAUCAAACAUGUCUGAUUUCCUGAGGAGUGCAGUGGAUAAGACCUUGCAAAGUGAGAAUGGACACCUGGACCUGUUCCUUCGCUUCCUUCUGGGUCUCUCACUGGAGUCCAAUCAGACUCUCUUACGAGACCUUCUACCCCAGAGAGAAAGUAGCUCUCACAGCAAACAGGAAACAGUCGAGUACAUCAAGAAGAUGAUCAGAGAAAAUCCAUCUCCAGAGAAAUCCAUCAAUCUGUUCCACUGUCUGAAUGAACUGAAUGAUGAUUCUCUAGAACAGGAAGUACAACGUUACCUGAACAGCAGUAAUUCCAGGUGUCUCAGUGGAGUCAGUCUCUCUCCUGAUCAGUGGUCUGCUCUGGUGUUUGUGUUGCUGAACUCAGAAGAGAAUCUGGAUGUGUUUCAUUUGAGGAAAUAUGACAGAUCAGAUGAAUGUCUUCUGAGGCUGCUGCCAGUGGUCAAAGCAUCCAGAAAAGCUGUGUAA